AUGCCGUCGUACCACCAAUUUAAGUUUCAAAGUUACCUCCAUGGAAUUCCCAGAUGGAAAUUCCCUGCAGGGGGGAAGUCUGACGCAUCUUCCCUCCACCUUACUAUGAGCGGGAAAGGUGCUAAAGGAGCAUCUACCUAUAAAAGUUUUUAUAUCAAUAUCGGGAAUCAAAUUCAGAGAUCCCAGAAUAAGCGAUGUUGCCUACGAAGCUUUAUCAAAGCUAAAUCUGUUCACCUCAUUGGGGAGAAAGAUUGGCUAAAACUGUCUUCUGAGGAUCUCCCAUUUGCAUUUGACAAACCCCUGAUAUUAAAGCACCCGCAGGAUCACACUUAUGGAGGUACAGGAUCAACCUAUGGAAAUUCCGGAAGAAUGAAUCUAUGGCCAAUCAGUUUGCCAGCUGGUAUUUUGCAAAAAAACGCCGGUGCUCCACAGGAAAAAGAGGAUAUAUUAGGAAGCAUGGAGGACGAAAUUCAAUCAAAGCAGCAACGGUGGAAUUCCAUUCCAGGAUUUAAGUAA